AAAGUCAACAGGAGCUCUGUUUAUGGAAUGUUUGAAGGCUUGUGAGGGGAGGGGGGUAUCUUUAUUGAUUUCAUUCUUUUAUACAAUGCAGGGAGAUGUAUAUUUUCAAAUUUAUGCAGAGGCUAAGUCUUGUGAUGCAGGGCUAAAAUGGGUCUCCACACCUUGCCAUGGGCAAGACAUGGUGCCCUUGUUAUGUGUGAUUUCUUAAUCUUUUUUUCCCCACAAAGUUUCAAAAUAAUUUAAGAAAAAGUCAGCUUGGCUUAGUAGUAAAGGGGACUCAGGAGCAUAUAUUUAACUUUCACAACAGAAAAUGUCAGAAGUGGCUUGUUCAGAGAUGAUGAACAAUUGAAAGCUGAAGCUAGGUCUUUUUUUCCUUUCUUAAAAGGAAAGGGGGGAAAUGUCUUCCCUUUCCUGUCACCGCCCCCCAGUGACAGCCCAAGUAUAAUUUUAAAUAUAAUGUUGCCUGUAUUUAAACUACUUCUAAUUCUCAGUUAAAAUAAAGUCCUCUUUGUAACAUUUAAAUAAUUUUUACUUUCAGCUCUUAAUACAAUGAAGGGGUUUGGCUCUGUGUGAAGGACUACAUGAAAGCUACCAUCAAUUUGGCAUGACCAGCUUCCAAGUUGCCAAUCUAAAGCUAUUUCACACUAUUAGUCUGAUGUUAGAUUAUUCCAUUUUCAUUUUGUUACAGUAUUAGCCAUGCUAAGUUCAAGUAAUUUGUUUGGGGGACCUCUUGACAAACCCUAUGUGCUGCAUAAGUGAUGUUAUUAAUUCUAUCGGUAGUACUCUUUCCUGCGAGUCAGUAUGGUGUUGGGAGGUACUGUGCAGUGGGAGGUACCUUGUUUUGAGUGAGAUGGAAAACCAAGACCCAAAUAUCUUUGGCUAUUAAAAAUCUCAUGGGAUAUUUCAUAUGGAUAGAAGUGUUAAUCAUGGUUUGUUGGCCUGACCUCAGUUUGAGAAUAAUUCCCACACCUACACUUUCAUUUGGAUAUGCUAUUCUUAUUUAUUGCCUGUUCUGAACCAGCACGUAGUUUGUUGGAUGCUUCAAAUUGUUGAAGAGUUCUGUCUAAGUGGAGGCUGUUUUUCUGUGAGCAAAUUAUUUCCAUGUUUUGUGAAAUGUUUCAGGAUCUUGUUGAACAAAGGUUUCACCCAUUUGCCUUGCCUCCCAUUUCUUUUGUGGUGAUUUUAUAGUACCAGUGAGUGUUCAAGGCACUCCAUGGAAGAUAUUUUAAAGAAAGCCAGGUCUCUUUUCUUCUCUGGAGAGCAUACAAUAUAAAUGAAAACUUGAGACAAGUGGGAAUAAGGUGUAGAGCAGUAGAGGCAAGAGAUAAGAAAAAAAUUACUUAAUUGAGGCCUACCUGUCUUGGCAGUGCAUGUGUUUUUUCUUGUGUGUGAAUUUGUGCAUUUAACAUAAAAAAAAUUCUUUUUGCAGGCCAUCCUGAAGAAAUGGGUAUUUAGGAGUGAUUUAAAUGAGCUGACAGUGAUGGUUUGGUGAACAGAUAGAUGUUGGAAGGGCAUUCCUAGAAUAAGAGGCAGUGUGGAACGAGGCAUAUGAGAAAAUAUGAAAGGAGAGUAAAAAUCUGGAUGUCCUCAGGUCUCAGAAAUGAGCAGAAAGAGAAGAAAAAGCUGCAAGGGCAGAAAAAGCUCAGAUGCCAGAGAAUAUGAACAUUUGCCAGCCAUUUGUAAAUGCCAGCAAAAUGUAAAAGGCCUUCAAAAUAAAGCAGAUGAGGACCUAGUGGAAACUAACUUCCCUGAGCCAGUGGACGUGGAGAGGUCCGAAGAAAACAGGAAAGAUCACUCUUGUACACCAAUGACUGGGCAACAGAAUAACUCAGGUGCAUGUGAAGAUAAAGAACAAGAAAAUACAGAUGACAGUGAAAAAGAAGGAGGGAAGGAAAAAGAUUGCCCUCCACCAGCAUUCUCUCAUCAGCAGGAAGAGGUCCUAGCAGUGGUAACCUUCAAUGAAUCAGAAGCCUUAUCAACAGGAAAAAUUACACUGAAGCACAACCCAAGCUCUGCAGAGCCCUUUGAUUUGGCUAGUGAAGUAAUUACUGCAGAAUUAAAAUGUGGUGGUUUUAAUAUGAAUGUAGAAAUUAAAAAGGGCUUAUUUGAUUCUGGAACAAGCAUUGUAAUUGAGAAAAGGAAAUGUCCAAAGAACAGAAAGUGCUAUCGUGACAAGAAAUAUCAGAAAAGCCACUAUUCUAAGUGCUGUAAGUGUCAGGAUCCAUCAACUGACCAUUCUAUAGAUGACAAUGAGAGUUAUAAGGCAUCUUCUAAACACAAAAUACAAAUUGCCAGCAACAAGAACACCUCACUGAAAGUAAGCAUCGUAGGAAAGGAAAUUAAAGUGAAAUACAACAAUAGAAAGCAGUAUCCAAUAAUUCAUAUCGAACCAGGGGAACACACACAGUCACGGGGCAAAACUUGCAGCAGGAAAUAUGGAAACACUUAUUCCAAUGAUACAGACUAUUCUGUAACAGAGGUAUCUUGCAGCACUGAUUAUGAGUCAGAUUUUAGCCUUCAUGAAAAGGAAGAGUCAUUUACAAACUAUACAUGUCCAGACUGGUAUCUACUUCUUCCUCCACCUGAAGAGUUUGCUGACAGCAAAGAAAUAUGUUUAGAUACCACUACAGAGGUUGCAACCUUACUCCCAGUUAGUGAUAGAAAAGAACCUGACACCUUGCCUGCAGUCUUACCAGCUUGGGAGGAAGGAAAUCAUAUCUGUAAACAGAAAGAACCUGGGACUGAAGAUCUUGCCAGUGAAAAGGAAGAUUUCUGUAAAGACAAGAUAAUUUUCUCAGAAUUUAGUUAUAAUGGAGGUUGUCAUUUAGAUACUAAUGGUUCAGGUGAAAAAAGCUUUGGUAAGGAACUUAUUGAUGAAACCAAUGAAGCAGGGCAAAUAAGAAACAACAGUCUCAUUGACAUAAGGAAUACUAUGAUAGCUUCACACCUGGAGCCAAAAGCAGUUAGAAGAAAGUCUUUUCCAGAUGCCACCAUUGAUGUAUUGUCACCAGUUCACCACAGAAGAGAUUCUGGCUUUUAUUCAUUGCCAUCUUUAUCCUUAAAAGUACUGCCCAAGCAAGCCAAAGCAGUAGAUGUUUACAGCAAGAAUACUCAGACUCAUACCAGCUGUACAGAACUUUGUAAGUGUUCCAGUCUCACAUCAUUCAGCAGUCUGAGAGCUCUCAAAUCUUAUCAGUAUGCCUUCACCUCUUACAAUCAUGACAUGACCAUUUACCAUUCUGAGCUGGAAGGAAGUAUAGAUGAUGCUUUCUUCUUGACUCACUAUGAAGACUAUAUAGGGGACUGUAAAGAAAUGGAAGAGACAUUAGUGGAAACAUUUCAUUCCAGCAUCAAUUCAAGUGUAGAACAGAAACUGGAGCAUAGAUACUCAGAGCCUCUGCAGAACCUUGCUGUAUGUGAUGAACACACUGAGUUUACAGAAAGCGGUUUAGAUGAGGAGACACUAGAGAGUGAUCAUCGCUUUGCUGUACAAGGCCAUGUUGAAGUACAGAAUAAAGCCCUGAUAUUUCAAGUCCCUUCUCCUUCCAGAAGCCCUUCAAAUGACCAUUUUAGUGACAAAAGCAUAGCUAAUACAGUAGCCAUAGACUGUGUCCAAAGCCAACAUUCAACUUUACAGCCAAGGAAGUAUGUUCAUCCAGCUACUACAGAGCCUGAGGUAACAAUAAAGAAACGGAAAGGAUCAGUGAUGACUGUAAUAACUGGAGAGCGAGAACGAAGGCUUAUCAUUCAAGGCGACAGUAAGGGGAGAGCUGAUUCCUUUGGCUCUGGGAUAAAAAAUGAGCCUAAGCUACCCUGCAGCAUUCGAGAAAAAUCAUUUAUGUCCCCUUUGUUGGAUGCUGAGGAGUCAGAUAUAGAUAAUGAAUUACAGAGCUUUUCUGAGAUCCGGGACAUAUCUGGGAAUAUUCCUGAUGAAGCCAAUUUCCAUGAUGAUUCCACACAUAUUACUUCAAUGUCCAGCUCCUCAAUGCAUCCUGAAGAUAAGCAAGUUUUCACUGAGGGUACAUUUACCAAAGAAACAAAAGAGAACCUGUGCAGUGAACAAGAGAUAACAAGCCAAUUAUCUGAUCAUUUAAGAAUAGAGCCUGUAGCAUGUCAGAUAGAGCAGUUAGUUAAAUCCAGCUCUGAAGAAACUGAGAAAAAAUGUGAGACAAAGGAUUGUUGCCAGAACACAGACACACCAAUGUCACCAAGAAAGCAGAUUAGUCAAAAAGAUUUGAAGUCAGAAGUGAAUGAGACCAUAAAGCUACCCGGUGAACCAGUGUUAAAAGAUACAAGAGCCAGUGAUGGCUCCCAGGAAGAAGCAAUAGACCGAUGGGCCAGGCAACGGAAGCAAUUCAAAGACAGUAAAAAGUGCAGUUCAACUGGCGGGAGCUCCAUAACCAGCACAAUCACUGAGAUAUCAAUAAACUCAGAGGAAGCCCGUUCAGUGGAUCUGAGUCUCCGUAGUGAAAAUGAGGAGAGAGGUUUCUACACAGAGAACUUUCAUUCAGCUUCGUGGGUUUUCAGAGGGGAUGACAGCAGUCCGGAUAAUAGCCCUAGAUGUCUCAGCAAAAGGCCUAGGCCAGUAGCAGUUCGUGAACGAACAGUGAGGAUCGCAAAAGGAACUGGUGAUUACCCCUGGGGAUUCCGAAUCCAGUUCUCAAAGCCCAUCCUUGUGACUGAAGUGGAUACUAACAGUGCGGCUGAGGAAGCAGGGCUUCAGGUGGGGGAUAUUGUGUUGGCUGUCAAUGGAACUGACGUCACCAGCAUGCCACAUUCACAAGCUGCAAAUCUGGCAAGAAAGGGCCCUGAUAUCUUGACCCUCUUGGUUGGAUCAGACAUUAGCCGCUGCCCCAACACUCCCAGGCCAACAUGUCGAGGAUAUUUGCACAAGCGAACUCACUCAGGGAUACUGAAGGGCUGGAGGAAGAGAUGGUUUGUGCUGAAACAUGAUGGCUGCCUUCACUACUACAAACACAAGAAGGAUGAAGGAAAGUGCAAACCUCUAGAUGUAACAAAGUUAGAAGGUGCAGAAAUUGGUGUUGACAGCAGCCUGGGUAAACCAUUUGUGUUUAAAUGCAUGCCUCAAACCGGAAACAAGAUUUUCUACUUUUGUGCAACUUCAAACCAAGAGAUGAAGAGGUGGCUGGAGGCUAUGGAUAAAGCUGUGCAUCCUGUCCAUCAGAAUCAUGUAUGGGUAGAUGUCACCCUGCACAACACAAGCCUUCCACCCCUCGCUAUCAAAAACCCAGAGUGUCUGGGUCUCCUCCACCAACUGGAUAAAACCAGGGACGUGUGGACUCAGCACUACUGCAUUCUGAAGGAUGGCUGUUUGUAUUUUUAUGCCGGCAUUCGCUCCACACAUGCCAUAGGUGGGAUUUACCUGCAAGGUUAUACUGUAAGCGAACAGUCACUUGGCUCCAGGAGAUCUGUAAUUGAAAUGAAACCCCCAUCCGAAGAGUUUCAAACCUUCUACCUAUGUGCAGAGAAUGUAAAUGAAAACAAACGAUGGAUUACUGCUUUGAAAACCUCAAUUAAUAAAUGGGUAACCCUACACCAGGCCAUUCAAGACUUCAUGAACCGACCCCUGGAAGAGACAAAGAUGUGAAAAAAAAAUCUAGUUUUUCUUCAUACUUUUCUUUAUAAUACAUUUCAAGACAAUAUCUCCCACACAGAUGAUAUUUUAGCAGCAGGUGAACUUUAGCAGUGGUAUGUACCACAUA